AGAACAUAUAUCAAAAAUUCACAUUAAUACUCUUCAUAUCACACAUAGCACACACACAUGUAAAACUCUUGACCUUUGUCUAAUAACAACUUUGGAGUAAGCAUAAAUUAAAAUUUCCUGAUUCUGUUUUUAUGGCUGAGGAGUUUCAAGCGACGGCAGCAAUUUGCGGCAGCGGAGGCGGCGCGUGGUGGAACUCGCCAAGGAGCGUUAUGUCCCCUUCGGAUCAUUUCUUGUCGCCAUGUUUCGGACAGCGAGAGGCUGAUUCUGACAGUGGAGGAAGCACCGUGAGUAUUGACUCGACGUUGCAAAUGAUGGGUCUAGGGUUUUCCUCAAACUCUUCUUCAGACUGGAACCAAACCGUUUUACAAGAAGACUUAAACUCAAGCUUCAUAAGCUCACAAGAUCACUAUCAUGGCCAAGGAUUCUUAUCUACAACUAGUUCACCUUAUCUUCUUAAUCCAGCUUGUUCUUCAUCUUCGUCACCUUCUCCUCCUUCCUCAAGCUUGUUACAAACCUUUUACGAUCAGGAACCGAGUCAGUACAGGUUCCUUUCUACCACUAGCUGUUCAAUCAACGAUCCUCAGCUCUCUUGGGCUAGUAGUAAGACAAGUCCUCAUCAUCAAGCUGCUUAUGGAAUAAUUAACAACUUCUCUAACAGCACAAACUCUCGACCCUUUUGGAGUUCUUCAUCAACCACUAACUUAAACAACACGCCGCAUAACAGUUUUGUAACCUAUUCGCAGAUAAUACCUACUCGUCUUGAGGACAAAACUAAGAAUCAGAAGACUAAAGGCCAGAGCGAGUCUUUAAAGAGAGCAAAGGAUAAUGAUUCCGCGUCGAAGAAACAGAGAAUUAGCACGCCUUCACCAUUGCCAACUUUUAAGGUGAGAAAAGAGAAUCUAAGGGACCAGAUUACUUCAUUACAACAGUUAGUUUCACCUUUCGGAAAGACAGAUACUGCAUCCGUUCUCCAAGAAUCCAUAGAGUACAUCAAGUUUCUUCAUGAUCAAGUCACUGUUCUAAGCACUCCAUACAUGAAACAAGGUGCUUCCGUCCAACAACAACAUCAGAAAUCUGGUAAGAGUCAAGAUGGAAACGAGAAUCAAGAACUAAGAGCACACGGUCUGUGUCUCGUUCCCAUAUCGAGCACUUUUCCGGUGGCUAAUGAAACAACCGCCGACUUCUGGACACCAACGUUUGGGGGCAACAGUUUCAGGUGAUUAAAGAGUGUGUGAGAGAGAGAGAGUUGUAGUUGUCAAGACGGACGGGAACAUAUGCUAAAUUCAGCUUGAAGACUUCAAAGCAUGGACAAUAAUCUUAAUGUAUUUUCUCUUUCUUCUUUAGUAUUUUAAUUUAAUAUUUUUUUUUGGGGGGGGGGGGGGGGGGGGGGGGUUUAUUGCUGAAUUUAGCAGAUAUGGGUUGUUUUUAUGUUGAAUAACCUUUUGUUCCUGUCCUUGUUCUUGAAUAUAUAAAAUAUACAUAUUUUUGCA